UAUAGAAAAAAUUAAAAUAUUUACUUUAAAAAUGCUUUAAAAGUUUUAAAAUUGCUUAAAAAAUAAUAUUAAAUAUUUAACUGAUAAUUAUUUACUAUAAAACCGUUAACAAAUUUAAAAAAAAAUAUAAACGAACGGAAAUAAAAUAACUCGCAACAAUUGUAAUUUGUUUUUUCUUGGCAAAUCUAAAGAGCAGCGAAAAAUUAAUUCAUUCGAUGAUGAUGAAGAUGACGGACGACCACCACAACUACAGUAGCAGAAGAAACGAGUUACUCGUAAAUUAUUGUUAAAUAAGGAUUAAAAAAUUUGCAAAAAAAAUUGCAAACAAUAAAAUUUUUUGUAAAAAACUUAAUAAAAUGGAAAAUAAUACACAAAAGAGAAGACGUUAUCAAAAGGAUUUGGCUCCCACAGAUGAUAUUCUAACAUUGAUACAUUUGGUGCGACAAAAUCCCACAUUGUAUAAUUAUAAAUUACAACCGAAUCAACGCAGGCGUAUAGAUAUUUUAAAUGGUUGGGCGGAGAUAGCAGCGGCCAUAGGAAACAAAUACACCGUUGAGGAAUGUCGCCGCAAAUGGAAAAAUCUACGCGAUACAUAUCAUCAAUAUCGUUUGCGUAAACCUAAAAUGAGUGAUGGCCUCUCGAAAUGGCGUUACGCCAAGGAUAUGGAAUUCCUUUCGAAUGUCUAUCAACCGAAACUAAAAUCGAAUCGUACACAAAACUACAACAGUGCACCGCAAGAUAAUCUUCUGCAUAGUGUUUCGGAGAGUAACGACGAACAUGAUCAUGUUGUGCCGCAGGAUAUGGUACAUUCAAAUAUUAUUUCAGUCAAUGAUGCGGACACAUUUAUAUUGACUACAUACGAGGACGUAACACAUGACAACGAUGUCUCACAUGAGGAUCCCAAUAUGGUGUCACACAGUGAAUUGAAUCAUGACAAUAACAGCAUGGAAGAUUGUGUUGAGAUUGUGAAGCAUGAACAGCAUGUGACACUGGACGAUGAUGGCAAUACGGGCGGUGAUGUGGACUAUGAGGAGGUGUGUUUGUAUGAAGAAUCAGGCAAUACGCCGAGUGUGGAUUGUGAGACAAUUAUUGGAGCGGGAGCUGGUACGAAUUCUGCCAAUUCGGAUGAUACAAAAUUUCAAUAUAUCGAUGCAAAUGAUUUCUGUAUAGCGUCAAUGAAUCCCACAACAUCUCAAUACUCAAGUAGUGCUAGUAGUGUUAUAGGUGCCACGGGUACAAUUAAAUUGAAAACCUUGCCCAUGGUCAGUUCUACGACUACAUCCACAGCAUCUUCUACUCUCGACUCUACGGCCUCGUGUGUUGGAAUUGCCUCUCCUUCGGUACAUUUACAAACUCUACCCGAGUUGACACCCUCACCAGCGAUACCACCGCCGGCCACAACAGCCAGUACGUCUGCCACAUAUAUGUAUACCUCCCUAAAUCCUACAAGAUCUCAAUACAAUAGCAAUAAUAAUGCGGGCAGUGUUAUUGGAGGAUCAACAGGUUCAAUAAAACUAAAAAACUUACCCACCGUCACUUCCUCCAGCACGGUUAUGGCCUCAACAUCUUCUACCAGCAUGGAUUCGACCACCAUUGCUUCACCCUCAGUACAUUUACACACUCUGCCCGAAUUAACAGCCUCCCCCACAACAGCCACCAGCACACCCACUGACACGAAACAUGAUGCCAAUAAUACGUUGCUCAACUCGGUAAAUACAAAUUCCCAACAAAUGCAACCAGCCUACGCAAAUAACAGCACCACACCCUCCACUUCGGCAACAAUGUCAACUGCAGCAGCAGCAACAGCAAACAUGAUUUGCAAUCAUCAACGAGAAGAAUGUGAUUUAUUUUUUGAUUUUCUUAAAAAGAAAAUACAACGUUUUCCCCCCGAAGAAAUCACUUCCAUACAAGUGGAAUUUCUUAAUUGUGUUUUGCGACGAGAGGCGGAACAUGCCCAGAAAGCUCAGCAGCAGCAGCAACAGCAUAAUUCUAUUCAUUAGGGAGUUUUUUUUUUAUUAGAUUUAUUUUCUAUUAAAAAAAACAAGGUUUCGUUUAAAACAUAAAAAAAGUUUUAAGAGAA